AUGCUGAAGAUUGAGGGCGAUGAUGGUAGGCAGCACUCUGGCACAUGCAAGUCUAUCGCCUUCCGACCGCGCGGACGCCACACACGUCGUCAUCCCACCAAGCCUGAUGCGGCAACGCCUGCACUCAGCCCCUUGGCGGCCCGUGCACCCAAGCGAGAGUCUCUCUCCACAACAAUUUGCUGCCCAGCUAGUCGUCCCGCGAACUCGAACUUCACGAUCUUUCCAACGACUCGUCAACACAUUACCGUCAAGAUGCCUUCCGAAGUUUCCGACAUCAAGCAGUUCAUCGAGAUCUGCAGGCGCAAGGAUGCCAAGUCCGCCCGCAUAAAGAAGAACAAGAAGGUCAACAACAUCAAGUUCAAGGUUCGAUGCUCAACAAACGUCUACACCCUCGUCCUUAAGGACACCGACAAGGCCGAGAAGCUCAAGCAGAGUCUUCCCCCGGGUCUCACCAUCUCCGACGUCGGCAAGAAGAACCCCAAGGGCAAGCGCACUGCAUAAACGGAUCGACAUUGCAUGAGAAACUGAGGACGGGAGUGUGCGGAUCAACUCGACGGGCUCUGCGCACGAAGCAUGAAAGCAUGGGCGGACGGCGUCACAACGGAUAACCUUUGUUAUGGCAUUACGGAACCACGUUACGUUGGGUUACCUAGGAAUGAAAAAAGUCAAAACUUCAUUCCGAGUUUCAUGCACGUUUCUUGACGCAGUCCAGUGGAUGAUGUGGUUAUGAUUGCUAAAUAACUACCGAAUCCAUAGCGUUACGGGUGCUAAUACAGCGAUUGCUUCGGCUUCU